AUGGCGGUCUCGGCAACGCCAGCCGCCGCGACGCCUGAGGGAGCGGCUGGCGGGGAGCAGGCGGCUGCAGCGUGCGACGGAGUGACGCCGGAGGAGGCCGUCGCGCAUUCGGGCGUGCUGUCGUCGUUCCUCAGUCCAGGGCUCGAUGAUGUUAAGGGCAUGGGGCUGGGGUUUUCGCUCACUCCCGUCGACAAGUCCAGGGCCGCGAUCACCGAACCCGAACGCGCAGCAGCAGCAGCAGCAGCUGUAGCCGCAGCGCCGGCGGCAGCUGAAGCAGCAGGCGAGGGUAUCGCUGCCGCGCCUGAAGAUUUCAUGUCGUCGUUUCUGACCCCUGGUGUGUUGGACCAGAGCGACGGGGACCUUGACGGGCUGCUCGAGACGCCGGACGGGGCUAGCUCUGCUGGGGGGAUGUGGGCGGGCGGUGCUGCUAGGUUGGACAGUGUGUUACUGAGCUCGGGGAAAGGUGUUGGUGUGGCGGGCUUCGCGGGUGAGUCACCGGAUGAGGGGAGUCCGCUGCAGCUGGUAGGCGAGGCGGUCGCGCUGGAUCCGCUUCCGCGCGUUCCGCUGGUUCCGCCUCAGGAGGAAUGCGCGCCGCUUCGCCUGGAGAGCGCGCUGAACGCCGCGCUGUUGCUGCCGGCGCCACUUGCGGCGGGCGAUCAGGCGGAUGAGGCGGCGGCCGUUGGGAAGCUCUCCGGCGAUGGUGCCUUCGGCUCCCCGCAGGACCGCAUUGCGGGAGAGGGGGGUGGCGGCGAAGGGGCAGAGGGCGGAGCAGCGGGGAGUUACGGAGGGGAAGGUCGCGCGCGCGAGAGCGUGGGGAAGAAGGGGCGGCGGGAAAGCACUGGCACGAGUCCGGAACCGGGUGCUUGGAGGGAGAGCGGGAAGGAGGGCGGCGGAGAGGAGGGGGACGCGGGGGAACCGGGGGGCAGUGUCGUGGAGAUGGCGGGAGAGGAAGAGGCGGCAACUGAGUUUUCCACAAUCGGCCGAUUCCCCCAACUGACUGCCCGCCCCGCUGUGACCGCGUCCGUGGGCGGGAUGGCUGUUAUCGAGGCGGGGACGGGCGCGGAGGAGAUGGAGACUCCGCCGAGGCGGGUGGCGAAGAGCAGGAGCGGCGGAGGCGGUGCGCGCGAGGCGGAAGACGGGUCGCCGAGGGACGGGGACUCGCCCAUCAUGGGUGUGGUGUCCGCCGGCAAGGAGGGCGCGGGCGGCAGCGCCAGGCAGGGCGGAGAGGUUGCGCGGAGUGGGGGGAAACGAGGGGAUGCGGAAGAUGGAGAGAACGGGGGGGAUGAGGGGGAUGCGGAGGAGCGGAGUAUGGGGCUGGUGGGGUGGAGCGAGGGUGUGAGGCGGGCGUUUGAGGAUGUGGAGAUGGGGGAGGAGCUGGUGGGGGGGUUCGAUCUGGCGGAAGUGGGCUGGGGGGAGGAGAUGGCGGGCGGGGUGGGCGGAGGAAUGGAGAGUGCGGAGCAGGCGCGCAUCCGCGGCGUCCGGUGGCUCGAGUGGUUUUUUUCCAUGGCUGGGGUGAGUGCAGCUCGUGGUGCUGGCUGUGAUGUGAAGCAGUGGCAUCGUAGUGUGUUGCGUGAGCGUGCGAUUCGGGGUCUUAUAUCCACCGAUUUCACACUCUUUCGUGAUCUCCUGCCUCGCACGCGCGCUCCCCCUCCGCAGAUGUCGCUAGAGAAGCGCAAGUCGGGGGUGCUGGAGCAGUCCCCCUGGACUCCGCGCACGCCCAGGGAGCGCGCGGGGGAAGCGAGUGCGGGAGAGCGCCUGUUCCGCCGCGUGUGCCUGCAGCCGCAGGAUGAGGCGGUGGAGAAGCUGUGUGCGGAGCAGCUGGCGCGGGUGGCGGAGGAGCAGCAGCAGACAGACGCGCUCGAGGCAGCCAUGGCCGCCAGCAGCACCGCUCUCGCCCAGCUCGCUGCUCAAGGCAACCCCGCGCAGCAGAAGGUGCUCAAGGAGUGGCUGCUUGCCCUCAAGAGUCUCCUCAGGGUGGAGACGAAGGCGGAGUGGCAGCGGGUGCGGGCGCAGCUGGAGGCGGAGAGGAGCCGCGCCCUGGACCACGCCGAACUCAUGCUGCAGGUGGAGCAGCAGCGGGUGGCAGAGCGCAGGGCGGCGGAGGAGGCAGCAGUGAGGCGGGUAGGCGAGCUGCUGGCGGAAGUGAGGGCGAGGAGGGCCGCGGCGGAGCGAGCACUCAAGGAGAGGGAGGAGAAGGCAGCGGCGCAUCAGCAAAGCAGGCUCCAGGAGCUGAGAAAGCAGAGGCAGCGCCUGCUGGAAGAGACGAACGCCAUGAGGAGAGAGCUGGCCGCCCGCCACCAGGCCCUCCAGGCCCAGUGCCAGGCCAAGACGGAGGCCCAGACGCAGACAGGGACACAGACACAGGCACAGAUACAGCCACAGACAGUGGCGCAGCCUGCGCAUGGGAUGGCAGAAGUAGGAGGAGGCCUCAGGGCUGCAGGUGAUGCAGCAACGGCUGCUGCAGGGGAGACGGCUGCUAUGUCGGACCCAGCCAGAGCUGCCAACAUAGCGGAGUUCCUGCAGGGGUGGAGGCUGCUCGAGUACCACCAGUCACGAGACGGCAUGCAGAUGGAUUUUGUGCUUUCCGUCCUCAAAUUCGUCACCCUCAGAGUGCACAUCGACCUGGCAGCAUCCUCCUUCUCCCUCUCGCCAGCCAUCAACCACUCAGUGGUCGCCGAGCAAUUCCCUCUCUUUGAGGUGGCGCCUGCAAUGGAAACUCUGGUGGUGGGGCCCUCAGCAGCGGGACCCUCUCAGCCGCACUCCUCCCCCCUCACUGCUGCUGCGCUUGCUGCUGCUUACCAGGGGGUGCUGCUAAGAGCAGGGCGCACACAUGCACUGGUGCAGGAGCUGUGGGAGAAGAGGCAGCAGUUCAUGAGGGUCAUGCCAUGCCUUACCAUGCAGCCAUGUGGCCCCUCAGGGGCAACUGCAGCCAUUGCUGCUGAUUUAGUCUUGUUCCCCACUUCCCUGCAUCACAUCCUGCUUGCAUCCGCUUAG